CAGGACUUUGACAUAGGUAGCAACACUGUACAGAACUACACAAUCAGCCCCAAUUCCCAUUUUCAUGUUGUCACUCAUAAUCGCGGAGAUGGCAGAAAAUACCCAGAGCUCAUGCUGGACAAAGCGCUGGACCGGGAGGAGCAGGCUGAACUCACUUUAACCCUUACGGCGCUGGAUGGAGGGGAUCCGCCCGGGUCCGGGACCACUAUAGUACGCAUUGAAGUCGUGGACAUCAAUGAUAAUGUUCCUGAGUUUUUACAGUCGCUCUAUGAGGUACAGGUCCCUGAGAACAGUCCCCCAAACUCCUUAGUUGUAGCUGUCUCUGCCCAAGACUUAGAUGCGGGAACCUAUGGGUACAUACGCUACACUCUAUUCCAAGGUAAUCAAGUUACUCAGCCAUUUGUAAUAGACGAAACAACAGGAGAAAUUCGUCUGAGUAAAACAUUGGAUUUCGAGACAAUUCCAUACUAUAACGUGGAAAUUGCAGGCACAGACGGUGGGGGCCUUUCAGGAAAAUGCACUGUAGCUAUAGAAGUUGUGGAUGUGAAUGACAACGCCCCUGAACUGACCAUGUCAACGCUUACAAGCUCUACCCCAGAAAACUCCCCAGAGACUGUAGUUGCUGUUUUCAGUGUAUCUGAUCCAGAUUCCGGGGACAACGGUAGGAUGGUUUGUUCCAUCCAGAACGACCUUCCCUUUCUCUUGAAACCCACGUUCAAGAACUUUUAUACCCUGGUUACAGAAAGACCAUUGGACAGAGAAAGCCAAGCUGAGUACAACAUCACCAUCACCGUCACUGACUUGGGGACCCCCAGGCUGAAAACGCAACACAACAUAACCGUGACGGUCUCCGACGUCAACGACAACGCCCCCGCCUUCAGCCAAACCACCUACACCCUGCGGGUCCGCGAGAACAACAGCCCCGCGCUGCACAUCGGCAGCGUCAGCGCCACAGACAGCGACGCG